AUGUGCACGGAUGGAAACAGGCCCCAGUGCCUGGUGCAGCUGGCAAGCGAAAAAGAGGUCGAGGUGGUGCGGCCUGGCAGCAGCAGCGGUGUGCGCGAGCGCUACUUGUUCGCUGGCGUGCUGCCGUCGCUGGCCAGGCAGCCGCGGGUAUUCGAAGCAUGCGCAUUGCCCGUGGUGCGCGACUUGUUCCAGGGCUUCAACACGCUUCUGUUCUCAUACGGCGUCAGUAACUCCGGCAAGACACACACGGUGCAGGGCAGCGGCGACAGCCCUGGGAUGCUGCCGCGCAGCGUUCUCGCUAUUGCGCAGGAGGUGGCAGGCGGCACUGGCGAGUGGGCGUACCAGCUGUACGUGUCGUACUUCGAGGUGUACAACGAGAUGGAGGACGCGCCGGAUCUCGUCAAUAUGUCGGCGGCGCAGAUUGCCGCGCUGCCAAGGGCUGCGCUGCUGCUGCGGUCCGAAGGCGGGCGCGGCAACGAGGCGUUCGUCGAGGGUGCGACUGAGGUGCGCGUACGCGGGGCGCGCGACCUCGUGCGCGUGCUGGUGCACGGCCAACUGCGGCGCGCGGUGCACGCGACAGGCCUGAACGCGGGGUCAUCGCGGUCGCACGCGGUGUUCCAGGCCAAGCUGGUCAAGAUCCGGCGCGCGGCCACGGUUGAUCCGCUUGAUGGAGUGUCUGCCAGCGCGCGCGCGUCGGUGCGCACGAUGACUGUAGUGGAUCUGGCCGGCAGCGAGCGCGCCAAGCGCACACACACGCAGGGCGAGCGGCUGGCUGAGGCCGGCAAGAUCAACGUCGGCCUGAUGACGCUUAAAAAGUGCCUGGACGUCAAGCGUUUCAACGCCGGCCUGCCUGACGGCGACCCCGGCGUGCAGCUGGUGCCGUACAACGAGAGCAAAGUCACGCGUCUGUUCCAGCCGGCGCUGGAGGGCGGCGCCCGCACGUGCAUGGUGGUCUGCGUCGAUCCC